AUGGCGGACCUUAAAUCUUCAUAUGACUACAUCGUCAUUGGCGCCGGGAUUGGCGGUCUAACGGUCGCCUCCCGUCUAAGCGAGGAUGUCGACGUCAAUGUUCUCCUGGUCGAAGCGGGCGCCAACCGCAUGGGCGACCCACGAGUCGAAACUCCGGGGUUCAUCGGGCUUCAGUAUGGCAAUCCCGAGUUCGACUGGGAUUAUAUGAGCGAGCCGCAGGUCCAUGCAAACAAUCGGCAAAUCGGCCAGCCUCGAGGCCGCAUGGUCGGCGGCUCCUCCGGCAUGAACUUCUCCCUGAUCAUGUAUCCCUCGUCCGCGAAUUUCGAAGCAUGGGAGUCCCUUGGAAACGACGGCUGGGGCGCCGAGACCAUGGCCCCGUACCUGCGAAAGUUCCACACCUACACCUCCCCAAGCGAAACCACGUCGAAAUUGCUAGCAACCGACCGAUAUAUGAAAGAGCAUGACCAGGGGGCAGACGGUCCAGUACCGGUGACUUUGCCGGAUAUAUAUGGGCCGUUCAACGAGGCAUGGGAUAAGACAUUCGAGCAGUUGGGCUUCAGCAGCGAUGCCGAUCCUAUUGCCGGUCGCAAACUAGGCGCAUUCACGUCGCCCCUUUCAGUUGAUCCCAAAACGGGCCAGCGAGGCUAUGCCGCGGCUUAUUAUAGCCCCGAGGUUGCGCAGCGGCCAAACUUCGAUCUUAUCUCGGAGGCCAUGGUGGAGCGGAUACUGCUAAACAACGAAGCCGAUGGCGAGGUCGUGGCUACUGGGAUCCAGAUUCGCACUAAGGAUGGCAAACAGCAGCAGAUUUCUGGUGGUCGAGAAGUGAUUUUGAGUGCCGGCACUCUCAACUCGCCUCAACUGCUGGAACUCUCAGGUAUUGGAUCGAAGGAAGUUUUGCAGAAGCAUGACAUUCCUGUAGUUCUCGACCGGCCAGGAGUCGGUGAGAACCUUCAAGACCACGCCUUGACGAGUCUCAACUUCGAAAUCGCAGACGGGCAAAUAUCCGGGGACAUCUUGCGGGAUCCCAACGUCCUGCAGUCCGUCAUCAAGCUUUACGAGGAGACCCGCGGUGGCCCGUUGGCAGGAAUGCCCAUCAGCGUAGCAUACCUUCCCCUGGUGGACCAUGAGGGCAAAUUGUCGCAAGAAAUAGUAGAAGACUUGCUCGCCAAACAUCUGGAUAAUGAGUCUCUCUCACCCGCACGACAGCGGCAAUAUGACGUGCAGCGAAAGGUCCUGCUGGACAGUCAGAACGCCUCAUCGGAAUACAUCUUCCUGCCUGCUCAGCUGCAUAUGAAUCCCGGCGCCACGACAAUGAACGAUGUUCUGGCCAAGACCUUACCGGGAAACUACAUCAGCAUCAUGAUCAUGCACAACCACCCCUUCUCCCGGGGGUCGGUGCACAUCCGAUCAUCCAAGAUCGACGACAAGCCGAUCUAUGAUCCCAACUAUCUAUCGCAUCCUCUGGAUUUGGAAAUUCUCGCCCGCCACACCCAGUUCGCGGACCAGAUUGCUACCACGGAGCCGUUCGCUUCGCUGCUCAAACCGGGCGCUCGGGAACCCCAAAGCGCCGCUGACCUGUCGAAUCUCGACAAGACGAAAGAUCUCGUCAAAGAGCGCCUGUAUCACUGUUUCCACCCCGUCGGAACAUGCGCUAUGAUGCCUGCAGACCUAGGCGGUGUGGUAGACCCCCAGCUCAAGGUCCACGGAACGCGCAACCUCCGAGUGGUGGAUGCCAGUGUGUUCCCCCUGGAGCCCACAGGCAACAUCCAGGCCCUCACGUAUGCAGUGGCUGAACGGGCGGCUGACAUCAUUCGCAGCAGCCGUUAG